AUCAUUUAUUCGAGACUUGCAAUUGGACAAAACAUUGUGAAAUUACUGCUGAUUAGAAUACUUCAUUUCAAUAAAAGACUUCGGGUCUAUCGAAUCUUACUACAGCUGGUCCACACAUCACUUGAACAUCUCAUCACUUUCCCUAGACUAUACUGGAACAUAAUCUGA